AGUUUUAGGUUAGAAUACUAUGAGAAUUAAAUCCGAAUAUUUGCAAAAGGAAAAUUAUUUAAUAUUUUAAGCAGCCCGAUUGUGAUUCAAUUUUAAAACAAAAAUAUAUAUCUAAAUAAAUUCAAAAUCAAUGCCUAAAUAACCUCAAUUCUACAGUUUAACGCGCAAUUUUAGAGCUCAUAAAGCUCAAACAUUUAUAGGGCAAUGGGGAAACCUCAAUUUGUGUACAGUUUUCUAUAAUAGUUUUUUUCCAUAGUACCAUUUUCGAUGAAAAUAACGUACUUAAAAAAAUUAACUCCAGAUUUAAAUGUAAGUGCACAUCUCUAACAUAGAAUGGAACAACUUUUUUUAUUUAAUUAUUAGUUUUAUCUUCCCAAGUAAUUGGUGUGUCAGUGUAUUUAUCUAAUCUACGGUUAAACGUGUAACAUUAAUGAAGUACAAAUAUCAAGUAUUUAAAUUCCAUUCUCUACUUUUAUUAUCGGUAUUUGUAUUUAACCUUAUCGAUUGCGCAAUAGUAUAAAACGGAAUUUAUAUACUGUUAUAAUUUCUAUAUUGCUAAAGGUGUCAAACAAAUAACGUGAAUAUGUCGUUGACAAUGAUAGGUGAUGUAAAAAUUCCGAUAGUCGGAUUAGGAACGUGGCAGAGUACAGAUGAAGAAGAAUUGGUAAAAGCUCUUGAUGCAGCGUUGGAAAUCGGUUACCGUCAUAUUGACACUGCUGCUAUAUAUAAAAACGAACAUGUAAUCGGCAAGGUAUUGAAGAAAUGGUUAACAUCAGGUAAACUUAAAAGAGAAGAUUUAUUUAUCACGACGAAACUACCUCAUACUCAUAUCCAUGCAGACGAAGUAGAGUCACAAUUGAAACAGUCUUUAGAAAAACUUCAAUUGGAUUACGUUGAUCUGUAUCUAAUUCAUUUUCCGAUAUAUUUAAAGUCUGUUGGAGAUGGAAAACCUACAGAACCGCAGCCUACUGAUCAUCUUGCAGUUUGGAAAAAAAUGGAAGAACAAGUUGAUGCUGGUAGAACGAGAACAAUUGGUGUUUCAAAUUUUGCAAUUCAUCAAAUCGAUAGGAUAAUAAAGAACUGCCGCAUUAGACCAGCUAAUACUCAAGUGGAACUUCAAGUUUAUAACCAACAAAAAGAAUUGCGCGAAUAUUGUAAAAAAAAUAAUAUCGUAGUAGUAUCUUAUUCUUCGCUCGGUUCGCCAGGUACUCCCGCAUUCAUGAAAAAAAUGGGAAGAGAUAUAACAGUGCCAAAUAUUCUUGGAGACCCAUUGAUAACUGAAAUAGCAAAAAAAUAUGGGAAAACUACUGGUCAAAUAAUUCUUCGUUACAUUACUCAAAAUGAUAUUGUAGUUAUUCCGAAAAGUGUAAAACCUGAUAGAUUAAAGGAAAAUUUCAAUAUUUUGGAUUUCAAACUUGAACCUGAAGAUUUGAAGGCUUUGGAAUCUCUAGAUAAAGGUGAAGAUGGAAGAAUCUUCCGUAUGGAUUAUGGACCAAAAUUUGUAGAACAUCCUGAAUAUCCUUUCAGAAGAUAAAUGCCUUAUGUUUAUUACUAUUAUAAAAUAUACUGUGGGAUUGAAACAAUAAAUUGUUGUUUUUUUG